GAUUUGCUGUUGGCGUUUAUUUUGAAUUCAAGUCAAAGUGGUUCGGAGUUUUAAAACAGAAAUAGGACUUAGGGGAACGCGGUGUAUGGUGACAGGAAUGUCGGAAAAGUAAUUCUCAUCAUUCAUCGAAAUAUGGUCUAGGUACCUCACACUUAAGAGAUCUGAGGAUAUCAAUAUUUUGCGAUUGCGAUGGCAGUUUUUUAUGGGAGUUUUUUUAGAUGGACCUCCUGGGAGAAGUAGCUUGCCUGCGGCAGAAGCUGGAGGAGGAACAGGCUGCCCGUCUGGCCGCGGAGAGAUGCCUCUGGGGGGCAAUGGACGAGCUACGGGAGGAGGUCCGUCAGCGGGCACCGCCCGUGGACCCUCUGCAGAGCGCGGGCGGAGACGUAGCGAUGACGCCGCUGGUUGCCGACGCUCGCGUCAAGUACGAGUUCGGCGCCGUUGCCAGCUGUGACGUCAUGACCCAGACAGAGGAGGAGCCUGCCCAGCGCGGAGCCAACAUUAAUGACCUGGACCACGGACUGCUGAAGAGGGUCCUGGGUAACCUAGACUGCAGGCAGAUGUUCCGCGCCAAACGGGUCUGCCGCCGCUGGCGGUCCACCGUCGACACCAUCGUCGGAGACUGUCGGCAGGAGUGCGCCGAUCGACAGACCGCCGCCGGCGGCGCCCCCGCGCCCGCCACGGUCCUUCAGCUGGUGACGAUGGCGCGGGAAGAGCCGAGGAUGACCAAACUACAGGCGCCGACCGCUGAGAGACAAACUGAUCUGGGCCUGGUCGCAACAUCCUGCAAUACUCUGGAGACAGCCGACCUUCGCGGGUUCAAGCUGCGUGCCUCGGCGCUGCGCCGGCUGGCGUGCGCCAACGCCUCCACUCUGCGCGAUGUGACGCUGCCGGCCGGUGUCAGCGAGUGGCACCUGGAGACGCUGCUGACGCCUCUGCUGGCGCUGGAGCGGCUCUCACUGACCGUGCCCCCGGACAGCACCGGCUGGUGGCUGCGGGCGCUCCCCAAGACGCUCAACAGACUCUUCAUCGCCGGACACGGGCCGACCCAACCGACGGUGGAGUGUUUCGGACCACCGUCUGUGGAUGGACUGUGCGUCGCCGUAUAUCGAGCCGGAGACCAACUACUGGACCAGCUAACGGCGCUCCUGACUGCGCCCACAAACGGGUACCACAGAAACAGAAUCACCCACCUGUACAUACAGGGCCACGCCGCCAGACCUAUGUUAGCACUGAGACGCUUACUGACGGCGCUCACCAACUUGAAGGGCCUCACUCUCUGGGUAGUGGGCGUCCAUACCAUGACGAUGCUGGACGCUCUCCACGUCUGCUCCCAGCUGGAGACGCUGAAGCUCAAGGAGGCCCUGCGGCGCCCGGUGGCCGUGGUGCCCGAGUUCACUCGCACGGAGUUGGCUUCAAUCUCUAGACUGGCAGUGGCCCUCCGGAAGCUAAAGCUCCUCUAUCUGUUCACCUCCGAAAAUAACACCCAGCUCGUGACGAACACCCUGACCAAGACGGAUCUGGGCUGCGAGGAUGGCACCAGUCAACCCCGCGCCGUGAAGGUCUACCGGAUGUCCGAUCCAGCUGCUGCCACAUCCAGGGGCAUUGUGUGAGGACACGGCUUCUUCAGUCCAACGCCGGGGAGUCUCCAUCUUAUCGCCAGACUGUCGGCUGCUGCUCUACUCCGUGCCGGCCGCCGCGCCCGAACCCACCGAGAAAAGGACGGUACCGUGUUCUCGUCGAGGCGCCAGGACCGGUGAGCGCUCGACGGUAUAUGGCGGAAGGCCCUCCGGCCGAUAGCGUAAGACUCACUAUCCAAGAAACGCCACGGCUCGUGCUGAUGCUCAGGAGCGUCAUGAAACAUAUGACUCGCUUCAUUGGCUGUAAAAUUGUCGUUGUGUUUCCAUUGUGUUUCCAAGUUUCGGUAGCGUUACCGCAUGCUGCCAUUGUGUGCUCACAAGUUUCGGCGACGUCGAACCCGUUUUGUCAGGGCUCAUGAUAUGCUGCUGUGCGUAAAGGGCAUUCUUGCUGCGUAUAGGUGGUGAGGUUUAGUGUGGAGUAAAGCAUAUCAAACGUUCCACGGGCGCCAGGGAACUCAGCGGCUGUGACGUUUGGUAGACGGAUAAGUCCCGGCCUUAACUAUAGAGUGUAUAAGCUAGACCACAAGUGCCAUUGGUGCAACUCUUAGAUCUGUGACACUUGGGUCGCCAAAAUGUAGUUAUUUUCCCCGCCUUAUCAUAUUCUCGGCUAUCCUUUUUUGCGUAGCGGUAACCCAACAAUAGAUUUGAUUACUGAACAUCAACUGUUACCGCAGUCUAAUACCCAUUCUUGAAACGUUAAUCCAGGAUUGAGUACAAAUGAGAUGCAAGCAGAGGCUGUGGCACGCAUUCUCACUAGUCUGACAACUCAGAAUCUCGCCGUCAACUGUAAGCAGACCAAACCUGCCAAAGAUGUGUAUGCCGUGGCGCUAUAAUGUUGGAUGGGCAUUGAUCAUGAGGCUCGGCGUUCAGCAUUUUUCAAAGACAUGUAGAUAAAGGAUUGUUUAAUGUACCGAGCUUCUGCAGCUCCGGCUAUUGUGAUAUGAUAGUUGCUUUUCAGCAAGUUUCCAGAAGUCAUUCAUUCAUUGUUACAUUGUACAGUGUGUUUCAUAGUGUUUCUCGUGAGGUUGAUGUGUUUCACUUCAUGAAUUUUACUCAGGAUUCAGUUUCAUUACGAUAGGCUCAGUCGUAGUAGUAUGUUUCUAAGACAAUACAUGGUGCAAAAUUUAAGUCAA